UCUCUCUCUUUCUCUCUCCCCUUCGCUCGCUCGCUCGCUACGAACAUUCUCUCUCUCUCUCUCUCUCUCUCUCUCUCUCUCUCUCUCUCUCUCUUAUAAGCAAAUUUAUAAAUUUUGAAAUCAUUCUUCCAUUCGAUCUCUCUUUUUUGUGUCAAUUUUCUAUCUGCAUUUUCUCGUUCAACUUCUCUGUGUAAAUCUCUCGCCAUUUUCAGUUUCUCUUUUUCGCAUUGUGAAGGGGGGAAUUUUAGGGUUUUGUUUCUCAUACUUGGUCAGGAAAUAAACGCGCAAAAGAGCUUCAGAGGUACGUAAUUGCCGGUGAAUCUCAUAAUUCCUACUCCUUUAACCUUAAUUUCUUGUUUUAAUCCCAUCCUCUUUCGUCUUCCCAUUCAUUUUCUUUCUAAUUCGACUGUUCAUGAUUUCCAAGCUAAUCUAAUUCACUCCUGGGUCGGCAAUGUUCUCAUCGGAUCUUCGUUUCAAUGUCAGUUUUGAUGAUUUGAUUCUUCGUAUUCUAUUUUUAUAAGGUGCUUUUUUUUGUGUGUGUGUGUGUGUGUGUGGAGCCAUUUGGGUUUGAAUCCGAUUGUUUAGUUUAUUAUUACCUCUAUUGGGUUUGAAAAUAUUGUUAGGGCUGGUUUGUGGUUGUGGAGUAAUUCAACCGCGUGAUUUUGUUGGUUCUGGGAGGGAGGGACAAGGGUUAAUGGUCUUGUUAUUGUUGAUAGAAGGUGGAAGGUUUUGUUGGGACGUUGUUUUUUGCCCGAUGCUGGCAGUAGGGUAAGAGAUUGCAGAGUAUGACGGAUUUUCAAUCGCUACAACAGAAGCCUGAUUCUAGUGAUGCCAGAGCGGAAUUAGAGCGUGGACUUGAGGAGUUAAUGCGUGGGCACCUGGAUGAAUGUAUUCCAUUUGCUUCAUGUAGUUCUGCUGCCAAUCAAGAAGUUGAGGAUGAAGAAGGUGAUCAGCUUCUACGGAGGAGAAGGCGGUCUGAUCUUGAGGGUGAUGAUUUAGCUGAAUCUUCAGCUGCACGCCGUCGUCACUCUCGAAUUUUGAGCCGCUGGGCUGCUCGGCAGGCACAGGAAAUGAUAACCACAAUCGAGAGGAGAAAUCGUGAAUCUGAGUUGAUGGCACUUGCAAGAUUGCAUACCGUUUCAAUGCUUGAUUCAUCCUUUUUAAGGGAGUCCCAUUCUCCAACUUCAAGGCAGCAGACUACCGUUGAGACUCCAAGCACACAAGCUUCUGCGAUAUUACAGAUGUGGAGGGAACUGGAGGAUGACCAUGUGUUAAAUCGGGCUCGUGAGCGGGUGAGGGAAAGGUUGAGGCAGCAAACAAGUGUUGAUUCAUCUACCAAUAUGUCCAGUACAAAUAUGUCUGAUAGUCGGGGGAGUGAGAAUCAGGGAAGCUUGGUGGAUGCAAGUGAGAGUGAGAAUGAUUUUGGGGCAUGGAACCAUGAUCAAAUUGCAUCACAGCAUGUGAGGGAUGAAAAUAAUGCUUCUAGCAGAGAGCAAUCUCCUGAUCUUGGCGAAGUUGAGAGGGAGAGAGUGAGGCAAAUAGUACGAGGAUGGAUGGAGAGUGGAAUCACUGAUCCAUCACCUAAUGUUUCUGAGAGGAGCACAAGAUCCAGAGCUGAAUGGCUUGGGGAAACAGAACGUGAGAGAGUUAGGAUUGUUAGGGAAUGGGUACAGAUGACCAGUCAACAAAGAGGAAGUCGUGGUGAAAGGAGAGAAGAUCGAGGAACUGGACGUGGUGCACAAGUUGAUAGAGGCCGUGAUGAAUUGGUUGCUGACCAGGAUGAAGGCCAGAAUGAACACAUUCGCAGAGACUUGUUAAGGUUGCGAGGAAGACAAGCAAUACUUGAUUUACUUGUAAGGAUAGAAAGGGAAAGACAGAGGGAACUUCAAGGGCUUUUGGAGCAUCGAGCUGUUUCUGACUUUGCCCACCGCAACCGUAUCCAGUCAUUGCUUAGAGGUCGAUUUUUGAGAAAUGAAAGGACUGUUGAAGAGGAGCGGCCACCUUCUAUGGCAGCAAGUGAAAUAGUACAGUUACAGCAGCGACACACUGUUUCUGGUUUAAGGGAGGGAUUCCGCUCUAGAUUGGAAAAUAUUGUUCGUGGUCAAGCAGACGGCCAAUCUGAUAAUGCAACUAACAGUGACAUGAAUGAUUCUAGAAAUGAUCGAGGUCAAACGAAUGGUUCACAGAACAUCGAGCAAGAAUAUGUACAGUCACAGCCUGAGAGUCAGGUAGCUGAAACCAGUCAGUUGCCUGAUCAAAUUGAAAACAUGGAAAGUAACUCAGAGAUAGAGAAUAUGAAUUGGCAAGAAACUACGAAUCAGGAUGGGGACUGGCGCGGACAAAUUACUGAGGAUGGUAGAAGAAACUGGCAACGGACAACCUUUGGCCCACUCAGUGAGUGGAGAGAUGAUAAUGCUGAGGAUGUGACAUCAAAUUGGCAGGCAAAUUCAUCUAAUGAUUGGUCACCGCCCAGUACACAGGUAAAUGCAGAACGAAGAGAAGUUCAUCCAGCAGAACCUGCUGCAGUUUGGCAUGAGAGAGGCACUCGAGAAGCUGCUGGAAAUUGGCCAGAGGGGCCCUCUGGUCCAUUUCGAAAUCGUCGGUCUGUUCCAGUGAGAAGGUUCAACAGGUUUCACCCACCUGAUGAUGAUAACGUCUAUAGUAUGGAACUUAGGGAACUCUUAAGCAGGAGAAGUGUUUCUAACCUUCUUCGUAGUGGUUUUCGGGAAAGUCUGGACCAAUUAAUACAAUCAUAUGUGGAUAGGCAAGGUCGUGCUCCCAUAGAUUGGGAUUUGCAUAGAACUUUGCCUUCACCAACUCCUGCUUCUCCGCCUCAGGAUCAGGACCAACAGAAUGAACAGACUGAUGAACAAAAUGAUGCUGUAAAUAGACCCUCUCUGGUGCUUCCAUCUCCACCAGUUCCUCCACCUCAACCACUUUGGCACCAUGACCUGCAUCAUACCAGCUGGUCUCGUCAUACGAUGCACCGUUCGGAAAUUGAAUGGGAGAUUAUUAACGAUCUGAGAGCAGACAUGGCAAGACUUCAACAAGGCAUGAAUCAUAUGCAGAGGAUGUUGGAGGCUUGCAUGGAUAUGCAAUUAGAAUUGCAGCGAUCUGUUAGACAAGAAGUCUCUGCAGCAUUAAACAGAUCUGCCGGAGAAAAAGGUCUACCCGCUGAGACAUCGGAGGAUGGUUCUAAAUGGUGUCAUGUGAGGAAGGGAACGUGUUGUGUUUGUUGCGACAGCCACAUCGACUCUCUCCUCUACAGAUGUGGACAUAUGUGCACUUGUUCAAAAUGUGCAAAUGAGUUGGUCCGUGGUGGUGGGAAGUGUCCGCUGUGUCGAGCACCAAUAGUGGAAGUGAUCCGGGCAUACUCGAUACUGUAGAAAGAAAUGGGAAAAGGAGAUAUAGUUAAGUCAGUAGUGUGCAGCUCUUUCAAUUUGAUUGGGGAGGUAAGUGGUUUAUUUGAUAACACAGAUGGGAGCCGUGAGAAUUAGCGUUCAGUAGGUGCCGCUGUGUUGUUCUGAUUAUAUGGAAACAUUAUCUUGCGUUGUAUAAUUGGAAUGACAAAUUUGCAUGGUCGAUUCAUCAUUUUUUACGUAAAUAAAAAGAAAAGAAAAUGUAAGUCUGAAGAUAUUCUUUUCCUUUCAA